AUGUCUGAAAAAUUGCAGAGCGACGGAGGCGCUCGAGUAACAGGUUACGUUGUUGAAAAACGUGACUUGACUAAAGAUGAAUGGACAGAAGUAGCAACAUCGGUCAAGGAUACUAAUUAUUUGGUUGGUGACUUGUUCGAAGGGCACGAAUAUGAAUUUCGAGUCAGUGCGAUCAAUGAAAAUGGACAAGGCCCACCACUAGUUGGCGAUCAGUCGGUGAUUGCACGUCUGCCUUUUGAUCCACCAUCAUCUCCAGGAAAACCCGAGAUCACAGACAUUAAUGAAGAUUUUCUAACACUGAGCUGGAUUCGUCCACAGUCCGACGGAGGUGGCCGUAUCCGAGGCUACCUGAUUGAGAAGAAGGAAGCAGGAAGCGAUGUCUGGCAGAAAUGCAAUCAUAAUCCAAUUCCAUCAACAUCUUACAAUGUAACAAAUCUAAUUGAGGAUCGUGAUUACGAAUUUCGUGUAUAUGCAGUUAAUGAUGCAGGGAAUUCGGAACCCUCUGUCAGCGACAUCAUCAAAUAUUCAUAUUCACCGACUGGGCAAGCGCCGGAAAUUAUUACGCCGUUAGUCGAUCUUUACGGCGAACAUGGACGAUCUGUGACAUUUGAAUGUGUGAUAACUGGUAAUCCACGACCUGAAUACCGCUGGUACAGAGGUCUGCGAGAGCUCACGGAAACUUCUAAAUACAGCAUCUAUGAUAAGGGCGACACUCAGGUAUGUUACCAGUCCAAGUAA